ACCCAAUUUAAAUAUGUCGCGUUCAGUCUCCGACUCGCAUUCGCACCGAACGGAUGGUCAAGACACGGAGGCCGUUCGGGUUUUAUUGGUUAUGUGUUGGAACAAGUAAAUUGGACUUUGUGGCGUUUCUUCCUCCCUCCGAUAUGUUCCCAGUGGCAAUAUGUAUCGCUUUCCUCUUUUUACAAAUCCAAGCAAUGCCAACAAUUAUAACAGCACACCCUCCCUCAGAAGAGCGCUUCAGCGAUGACUGGGACUACAAAAUCGGACAUGAUACGGUUCCUGUUUUGCAACAGUUUCAGAAAAAUCACACACUUCCACCUGUGGCUAAUGAGACUGCUCGACUUUUGUGGGAGCUUGAUCAGGAAAAAUCCACACAUUUGCCGCAGUUUGUUGAUCAAGCCUUGAAAUUGCUGAAUUUGAAACAAGUGGCUUUCGAAAUUGAAAAUUCAGUGAUGUCGAAAGUGUCAUGUACCGCAUGUAAAGCAGGUGCCGGCUUGUUACAGCACUACAUCAAAACCGGCAAAUCGGAGAAAGAAAUUAAAAAAACAAUUUACCAAUUUUGCGUCAACUUAAAAAUCCAAACACCUCGCGUUUGCGAAGGAAUUACUGAACUUUUCGCUGGGGAAGUAAUCUAUGUUUUGGGUAAAGUUACCAUCGGACCUGACGAAGUUUGUAGUUUUGUAAUCGGAGACGCUUGUGGUGAUGUUUAUAAUCCAUUGCAUGAAUGGGAAGUUAUGUUUCCGCCAGUUCCAAAACCAGCGAUUGUCGAACAAAAAAUUCCAGAAAUGAAUGCGCCAACUUUUAAAGUUUUGCAUUUGUCGGACACCCAUUACGACCCAUAUUACCAUGAAGGGAGCAAUGCUGAUUGUAGUGAACCGCUGUGCUGUAGGUUGACCAAUGGGUUGGCCAGUACCAAGGAACAGGCAGCUGGGAAAUGGGGCGACUACCGCAAGUGCGACACACCGAAAAUCACCGUCGACAAUAUGCUCCAGCACAUCCAGGAGACCCAUCCCGACAUCGACUACAUCCUCUGGACCGGUGAUCUGCCACCGCACGACAUCUGGAACCAAACGCGCGAAGAAAACUUAAAAAUUAUCAAAGAAACAGUCAAACAAAUGUCUGACAUGUUCCCAGGAGCUCCAAUUUUCCCAGCUUUGGGAAACCACGAAUCGGCGCCAGUUAAUAGUUUCCCGCCACCGUUUAUCGAUAAUCCAGACAACUCCAUCUCGUGGUUGUACGACGAGUUGGAUGUACAGUGGCGGAAGUGGUUGCCGAGUUCUGUGAGCACGACUGUUAGGAGAGGAGCGUUUUAUUCGGUUUUGGUCAGACCUGGAUUUAGAUUGAUUUCGCUGAAUACGAAUUAUUGUAAUAAUAAGAACUGGUGGCUGUUGUUGAAUAGUACAGACCCGGCCACUGAGCUCCAGUGGUUUAUUUAUGAGUUGCAGUCGGCGGAGUUUAACAACGAGAAAGUCCACGUUAUUGGUCACAUUCCUCCGGGUCAUUCCGACUGUUUGAAAGUAUGGUCGCGGAAUUAUUACGCGAUUGUUAACAGAUAUGAGGCCACAAUCACUGCUCAGUUCUUCGGACAUACACAUUUUGAUGAAUUUGAAGUCUUCUACGACCAUAAAGAUUUAACCAGAGCAAACAAUGUAGCUUAUGUGGGCCCUUCUGUUUCACCGUACUAUGACUUAAAUCCUGGCUAUAGGAUUUAUUAUGUGGAUGGCGAUCACGACAAAUCUACAAGAUCGGUGAUUGAUCACGAGUCAUGGACUAUGAAUCUACGAGAAGCUAAUUUAUAUGGUUAUCCGAUUUGGUUUAAAUUAUACUCAGCUAGACAAGCUUUUGGAAUGGAUGCACUUCGACCAAGUGACUGGGACGCUUUGAUUGACAAAAUGACGAAUGAUCCAAAAUUGUUUGAACUGUUUUACAAAUAUUACUACAAGGCGAGUCCCGUGAGACCCACGUGUGACAUGUCAUGCAAGAAAAAAAUUCUUUGUGAUCUACAUUCAGGCAGAUCACACGACAGAAAAAAUCUCUGUCAGUCAAUUGAAUCUCGAAUAGAUUCAACAGCAAACACCACGUGGAAGGAGUGGUUUUACAACACAAUAUCCGUAUCAGUGGUGUAGGGACGACUUCAUAUGACUUCAAUCACUUUGAGGGAUUUUCUUAGGAUGUCCGUCUUGUGGUCCAUCCCACGGCUCACAAUUCAACUACCUAAGUAUGUUCUGGGUCUUGGGUAACGCCUACCAUUCGUUUCGGAAGUUUAUUAGAUUAGUUUUCAUUAUUUAUAAAAACUAUCAACUCCUACUCUUUCCAAUCUCGUUUUAUUUUAUUUUUUUUUAAUCAAGGCUGUGUAUUUUUGAUGAAAUCAAAAAAUACCGACGAUCUUUUUAUUUAUAAUUAUUUAAAGAGAGUAAUGAUAAUGAAUUUACCAUAAAUGUACUAAUAUAGUUAAUUUAUUUAUUUGGUGCGGCAUGAUUUUAAGAUGCAACUUUUUUCUCGAUUUGGAUUAUUAAAGUUACGUCUUUUAAUGAUGUUUCCGAACGUGGUAGGUGAAUAGGUUUGUAUUUAGUGAUGUACAAAUGAAAUUGUUAUUAUUUUUGCAAUAAAACAAAUUUAACCUA